CUCGCGUUUAGUUCUCUUUCGCGUGCGCCAAAACCAAGUAACCAAGUUAACAAGUUGCCGGCCGAAAUAGAUUUCAGUUUCGGUUUCGGUUUCUGUUUCAGCUUAGAUUUUUUUUUGUUUUCAAUACGAAUUUAUUUUCGGUUUCGAUUUCAAUUGCCCUGCAACCGAGUGUUAUAAAUCUUUUUUGAAGUGUUCGAUUGAUUGGCCGAUUGAUUAGCGGGCCACGUGAAACAUGCAGUUCGGGGAACAGAGAAAGUUAAUGUCAACCUUGCUGAUUGGCAGUAUUCUGUUAAUGACGAUGGUUUUGGUUCGCGGAGAGGAUCCGAGUUCCAAGGAUGCGCCUCACAUAAGACACAAGCGCGGGAUCUUCUGGGACUUCUUUCAGAAGAUGGUCAUCACCAAGAAUCUAAUAGUGGAUCAAUACACGGAUACUCGCAACACCUUAAAUGACAUAUACAACACGGUCAACGAGCAGUUCAGUGAUCCAGGACCCGCGAAACCCACCAAUCGUCCGAGGGUGACGACCGAGAAAAUUUCUAUAAGUGGCGAAGAAAGUGGCAGUAAUAGCGAGGAGCCCACCACCACAACGGAGGCUUUCCAGAUCUCCCGAUACGAACUGGGUCGCAUUUUGGGCAGAAACUUCCGAGGUCUCCAGAAGUUGGCCAUGACCGAGUUUAACAACGCUCUCAAUGAAACCAAGUACAAUCUGGCGGAAUACAAAGCGGAGGCGGACAAGCAGUUCGCCAAUAGUUUGGCCGUGGAGAAGAAAAACAAACUGAAGAGUCUCAAAGGCUGAGCCACGCCCCCUUUCCCAGUGCCCGAUUGUUAUCUCUGUGAUAGGCUGACGACUGUAUUUCCCAACAUUUUUUUUCUUAUUUAUUUGCUCGCAUUUUCCCGUCUGUCUGGAAUAAAAUGCGGAUGUGCGGUUGGAAAAGCGUCCCCAAACGCAUACGGAUUCGUGUCUACGACUAUUGUGUGCCAAAUUAAAAAGUUUUCUGUCAUAAUUUUAUUGAUAAACUUUUAAGUUAAAAAAGGAGCACACGAAAAAGAAAAAACAAAAACCCAAACGAAAGAUAAUAGCAAAAGGAAGGACGAAUAUAAAAACAUUGUAAGGCGGAAAAGCUGCUGGGAAAACUACAUACAGAUUGAAGGUCUGUUCUAGAUAUUUGAUGGUUACUAUGGGUAUAUUUAUUAUUAUUGUAUAGAUUGUAUAGAUUAAUAAUAUAAUUAUUUGUAAUUUUUAUUCGAAGCAGAAAUAGAAUAUAGUUCAGUGGGCCUUUUGAAACUACUUCAAUAAUACGAUUAAAGAAUAGAUUAUGAUAAUUUAAAUAAAACUCAAUUUGUUGU